AUGGCAACCCCGAAGAAGCAUACGGUCCAUGGCGAAGGUCGGCCGAAAAUCGCUCCAAAUAUUCCGUCAAAAACGAGCAUAGGCGCCAGUCCAAGAGUCAGUAGUCAGAGGAUAUGGAGCAACUGCUCUUUGGUAAUUUUUGCACAGUCAUGGGAUAGUCCCGUCGAAGGAGUGUCGACUACUCUUUGUCUUCAACCAACAGUAUCCUCUCGAGUAUGCAACCGACUACGAGCACCAAACGGCGUGAACGACUCGCGUGGCCUGGAUCCUGUGGCUCGUGCUACCCGUUUGGCUUCGAUCUUAGACAUGUGCGCUCCUGCUAUUGUUGCACGCGGUCUUGCAAGAGCCCGCUUUUGUACUGAGGUACAGAACUAUACCUCGAGUGAAGCGCGUCAUCUUCCUCCCUGGUCAUAUUGUGGCGAAGGCAACAACUGGCCGCGAAUUGUCAAGCACACAACCUCGUCGGAUCUGAUUCCCAGCUACUGGUUCCGCGGAUUCGAGAUUAUGUUGCGCUCCCAGCAAGGCUCGUGCGGGGUGUAUCUGGAAGCGUUUGAUGAAGACGAGCUGGGUCGCUUCAUCCAGCAGCUCAAAGCUGCAUUCGACCGACUGGCGCUAUUCCGACCGCCAGAUCGACGCGUUUCUGGCAUAGAUGGUCUGGCCCGGGCCUGUCUACCCUACUAUGUCUCGUGGGAUCCAUUCGGCCCAUUCGAGAGCACGGCAGCCUUCAAUAAAAGACAAAUCCCCUCCCUUCGCGCUCUGAAGAUACACACACGACCUUUGCGCACGGAGAUUUCACACCCCACAACAUAUUGGUCGAUGAACACGGCCGUAGUUCGUCUAGCGGGCUAUGUGAGGUGGCAGAAGAUCAUUCGCGGCGUGUUUCCCAAUAUCGAGCACGAUGUCUGGGUCGAGAGUCAGUGGGGAAUGUGCUGGGGCCCUGCAUGA